GAGAGGAAAAGGAAUCCUCCAAGCUCGCCUCACCUUUCCGUUCCAUUGACUCGGUCAUAUGUGUUUGGUUAAAUAUGUUGAACCCCGGCGCGUUCGCGGGCCUUAGCUCCUCGGCGAGUAGAGGAUGGAAGUCGUUGCCCUCUCGCUAUUUGCCCUACCGUCGUCGUCGUCGGCGUGAGCAAUCCUGCCCCUCCUCCUCGAGGCACCCUGGCGGCGGCGAAGGAGGUAAGGUGAGCGCUCACCAACGGCGGCGUACAGACAGGUGCUCGGAGAUCUUCACGGUGAAAAAGACACGCCAAUACCGAAGAGAGGAAGCCGCUGAAGAUCGUUGCUGCCGGUAUGCGGCACGCGAGGCCGCAGAUCAGCUCCGGGUAAAACGAGGAAGCGCGUUUGCGCCCGCACUCACGAGGAAAACUUGUCGUGGGGCUGGGAUCUCCAGGAUGCCAGGGUUGUUAAAGUUGCUAAGCUUGCUGAUCUAUACAGUGAUUGGCGUGCAGAACGGCGAGUCUAGCAGCGACGUCUGGCCCCUGGAGCGGCCGGACGGCAUGCCAGCAAUUGAAUCUCUCGAAGUAAUGUGCGGGAAAGAUCACAUGGACGUGCAUCUAUCCUUCUCGCAUCCCUUCGAGGGGAUCGUAUCCUCCAAGGGUCAACACGCCGAUCCUCGGUGCGUUUACGUGCCGCCGUCAACAGGACAGACCUUCUUUUCAUUCCGGAUAGCGUACGCGAGGUGCGGCACGAAACCGGAUAUGCAUGGCCAGUUUUACGAGAACACAGUCGUCGUACAGUACGAUAAGGAUCUUCUCGAGGUCUGGGACGAGGCCAAACGACUCCGGUGCGAAUGGUUUAAUGAUUACGAAAAAACUGCCUCCAAACCACCGAUGGUCAUCGCUGACCUUGACGUUAUACAGCUCGAUUUUCGAGGAGAUAACGUUGAUUGCUGGAUGGAAAUCCAGCAUGGUAAAGGGCCAUGGGCGCCGCCGGUAUCCGGGAUUGUUCCCUUGGGCUCAACCCUGACCCUCGUCAUCGCUAUCAACGAUUACCGAGGUGAAUUCGACAUGAGAGUCAAGUCCUGCGUCGCGUCGAAUGGACGGGGGCACAAGAUUCAAUUGAGCGAUGAAUUCGGCUGCGUACUAAGGCCGAAAAUGAUCAGUCGAUUCUUGAAGGCACGAGGGUCCGAUGAUCGUGCAACAGUCAUUACCUACGCCUUCUUCCACGCAUUUAAAUUCCCCGACGCUCUGAGCGUUCACAUAAAAUGCAAGGUAGAGAUCUGCAGGCACGGUUGUCUCGACCAUUGCCAAUUGGACGGUCAGAUAAGCCACUUCGCUCAAAAGCGUAAAGACGAUCAGGCCCCGUCGAUACUUACUUACACCGCAUCGGCGACGACAACCGCAACGACCGGCGAAGUGGACGAGGACGCUUCUAUUUACGAGGACAUUAUCGAAAACGGUGCAGGAGAAGUCGCGUCUCAAGGUGAACCGCAGUUUCCAGCCGUUGCCGAGAAGUCUUCCUCGCCGAAGGCGGAGGCUCAAACGAGUCAACGUCAACCAGCACCGAUAGUCGAACCUCAGCAGGAAGACUCUGAGAGUCUUAUGGGCCAGUCGUAUCCGUUCUUGGAACCACUUCGGCGUCUGCAGCAGCAGGAGGACAAAAAUCCGACCGAAGAGAAGUUCCCACACGGUCCGCGCAACCUGGAGAAGGAGCAGCCUCUGCACGCCGGUGAAUCACUCUCGUCCGGAGGCGGAUCGCCGGUAGCAACACGUCAGAAAAGAUCGGUAGUGGUUUCCGACCGGAAGGCGAGAAGCGCGGACGUCGGUGUCAGCGGUCUCUACGAGGUGAUCUCGGAGGCGGAUCUCGCCUUUAGUCCGGACGCCCACGCCGAGGCUGUUACCGUAUUUCAGGGCAGGAUCAGGGAGGAAGUCGUGUACGGUAUCUGCCUUCCGAUACCUGGAUUCAGCGCCCUAUUCGUCAUAGUAUCGGUGUCAGCCGUUGUGUCCGCCCUUAUCGCCGGCGCCAUGCUGCAUCGGCUUCAGAUGCAGCGCGAGGUCGUCGCCGUCAGCCAGGAAGGCACCGCCGCCGUCGCGACGCACAGAUGGCUCGCUUACCGGCUACUUCGCGUGCGUCGGCUCAACCAGAUGCAGCAGCCUCCGCAGAUCAACCUCAGCCAGCCCCAGAGCCAACCUCAAUCCGUGGCCGCUACCACGGUUGAACAAGGCUGACCUGCCCCCGGUAUCACUUUAUCGUAUAUAACCACGUGUGAUGCAAGCCUUCGGAGAGAGUGAGUGAGAGAGAGAAAGAGAGAAAGAAAGAAAGAAAGAAAAUGGGGGGAAAUGAGGAAACAGGAGAGACGAAAAAAGUAAGAAGAAAACACAAAAAAAAUUAACCGAAACAAAUAUGAGAGAGACAAUUAUUAUUAUUAUUAUUAUUAUAUACGUAUAAUGCAAUAUACUGUACAAAGUACCCUAAACUAUAUCGUAUUGUAGUUUAGUAUUCGGAGGAACGUAGUUAGAAAUAUACACCUGUUAGGGUAUUUAAUUAACGGAUAAAGAGAGGUCAGGAAUAGAGCGUGAAAUGAAUUCGUACAUCGAUUAUUAUUCUCAGGGUGAAAAACUUUAACUUUAUCUCAGGUGAAUAGAAUUGAUGAGAAAAUUUUAAUUAUAAAGCAAUUGUUAUACUGAACGCAUUUUGGCUACACAGAUGAAUUUCGAGACAAUCGAGUACAGCAGCUCAAGCAUGGCUACAUGGUUUCUAAUACAUAAGUUACGUCACAGAUCGAAUGCACGAUGAAUUUUUAUCGUGAGAAAUUAAGUAAGAAAGUAGUGAAAAACAGCGAUGGUAUAAGACUUCUCUCUUUUCCGGAAACACCCUGACAUAUGUAUAUUUGAUUAUUUCUAAAUAGGUAAAUUAAUAGUGUAUAAUUAUUAUAAUUAUAUGUAUUAUUACCUUGUAAGUAUGAUAAGUAUUCAUUUAAUACAAACCAACACAAGAAAAUCUUUUUUAAGUAAAAAAAAACAGAUUUUCCACUACAUAUCGUAUCACCUGUCUCGAAAUUAUAUUGUUUUAGAAUACAAAGACAGUCCGGUUCUAUA